CGUGACAAACGACCACCAACUUCGACCACCGUCAACAACGACCACAACCCCCCCGACCGUUUAAGAACCCCCCGAAUAAAUCAGUCGCAAUGGCCAAGCUCUCGCGUGGUGCCCCCGGUGGCAAGCUUAAGAUGACCCUCGGUCUGCCUGUCGGUGCUAUCAUGAACUGCGCCGACAACUCCGGUGCUCGAAACCUGUACAUCAUCUCCGUCAAGGGUAUCGGCGCUCGUCUAAACCGACUGCCCGCCGGUGGUGUCGGUGACAUGGUCAUGGCCACCGUCAAGAAGGGAAAGCCCGAGCUCCGAAAGAAGGUCCACCCCGCCGUCAUCGUCCGACAGUCCAAGCCCUGGAAGCGAACCGACGGCGUCUUCCUCUACUUCGAGGACAACGCUGGUGUCAUCGUCAACCCCAAGGGUGAGAUGAAGGGCUCCGCCAUCACCGGCCCCGUCGGUAAGGAGGCUGCCGAAUUAUGGCCCCGUAUUGCCAGCAACUCCGGUGUUGUGAUGUAAAGGUUGGUUGAGGCAGGCGAGCGUUUCGUUUUCGGGCGGAGCAUUUGGGUCGAGAGAGGGGAAGGACACGGACAACACACGGGGCUGGCCAACUCUCACGACUGCUUGGUGAGAGGACUUGAGAUGGAGGCCUGCUUUUUUUUGUUGUCGUCGUGUCUUCCCCCUCCCUCCCCGCGGUGGUAGUAG